CCGUUUCCCCGGUAAUUAAAUGCGCAAUCAAUAAACACGGAGUAAGUUCGGUGCAGGUUUUAGAAUGCUAUGAAAGUAAAUUUGUCAAUUUGUAUUUACUCAAUUUAAUCAUACCAUUUUCUUCGAAUCGAUAGCAAACGUGAUGGAUCAUGCGAAAGAUGAUGACGUACUGGAAUCUCAGAAUAGGUAUCUAACGGAACAACUCUCGCAGAAAGUUUCUAAACUCAGAAGUGUUGCAUAUGACAUUGAAGUGGAGACAAAAGAACAUAAUAAACUUUUAGAUUCUAUGGGAGACGACUUUGAAGGCACGACGGGCUUCUUGCAUGGAAGUUUCGGGAGAGUGCACAAGGUUUUGAAUUCCGGGAGAGGAAACAGAAAAAUCACUUGCUACAUCAGCUUGUUUCUAGUCGGAGCAUUCAUAAUCAUGUAUUAUUUGAUAUCGAGAGUCACCAGAUGAUCGUUUGAUCCGGAUUAUUUAUGUUAACCUACACAUUAAUCUUUAUAUAAGUAUAUGUAUUUAAAUUUAUUAAUGUAAUAAUUCAUAUAUUCUAAAUUUUCAAAGAAUUUUGUAAUUAGUUUCGUAUCGGUAUUGUUUUUUCCAUGUCGUCAUUAUAAAUAAAAAAAAAGAUUGAAAUAUUUAUUUAUUUUAAAUAUAGCUUACAAAAUAUUCUUUCGGCCAAAAUUUAGUUACAAAAUACGUAUUAUUUAAUUUGAUAAUUUUUACAAAUCUUUGCUUUUCUAGGAGGAAAACCUUUUUAUAAAACUCAAGCACUUUCGAAUUAUAUACCCAUCAUCAGGAAUCAACAAGAUAAAUUAUCUUGUUGAUUCCUGAUGAUGGGAAUAUGGCUCGAAAGCAUUUUUCUAAACAGUUUUUGCUUCUUAAAAUAUAUAUGAAUUAGAUUUAUGUUCAAGGGUUCGAUUCAACAGAUUCGAGACAAUCUGUUUAUCGGAUGGGCAUUAAUACCUGUUUUUCAAAUCUGUAGUAAGAUUUCUUAUUACAGCUGUUCCCAUCAAAUUUGAUGCUUCCUACAUGUUUAUGGAUAAUACGGGGUGUCCCAAAAGUCACAAUACAUUAAAAAUUUAACACUAUAUUAGAAAAAGGCAACUUUAUUUAUAAAAACAAUCUUUCUGAACACACUAGGAUGUCUCUCUUUUUCACUUGUGUUAACACAGGUGUUGUGAGCCUGAUUUAUGCUUCCAAUACAAUUUGAUCUUUACGUGAUCCACAUAUUGAAUAUUUCUCUAAACCAGGGAUGGCAAACCUCUUUGAGCCUAUGUGCCAUAUAGUAAACAUACUUAGCUUUAAACAUGUUUAUGCUUGCCUAUAUUUCAAAUAAUAUAUUUAAAGAAAUUAAACGAAUAUGCUUUAAUCAGAAUAAAUAUAAAAGGAUGAUUGAAAAACACAGAUGAUAAAUUAAAAUCAUAUGAUACUACAUGUCACUUUCGGCACACAUGCCACAAGUUUGCCGCCCCUACUCUACACCAAAUCCUUGAGUGUCCCCACAGAUAAAAACCAACAGCUCGAUCUUCACAGUGCUUUUUCUUCAACUCUGCCCGUGGACACUAAAAGUACCUAUUUUUAGUAAGCUUGUUACAGGUUGUGUCAGACCCAUGGUGGGGCAGUUGGGUUGCAAAGGAUGGGGCCCAGCAUAUCCAGGUGUACCAGUCUCCAAAAAAGUUCCCAGAGGUUUAUGACCUGUUUAGAUUCAAUCCUACAAACCAUAUAUCUAACUAGUAGACUGUCACAUGAACUGCUUGGCUGUUCAGCUGUCAUCUUUACCAAAAAAUACACAGUAGUAGGGAUCAGUGUAUUUACUUAGUGAAGGGAAUGGACUGUUGACAAAUCUUUGACAAGAUCACUGUGUUACCAAAAAAGAGGCUCACAAACAUUUUAAAACUUUCAGAGUCCUGAGUAGUACCUUGCAUUGCCCGUCAAGAUAGAUGAAACAAUCCAUAAGGCCGGGACCACUGGUUACCCCAUGGAAUGACGACAACCAGUCCUCCAACCCAGAAACUGACAAUCCAAUUUUUCUAUGUAUUGUAACUUUGGGACCCCCAUAGAUCAAAUUAAUUAAAAAGAAUACUUCUUUUAUUUCUUUUAUUAUUUAAAAUGCCUCAGUAAGGAUUAUUGUAAACAUAACUGUGCAAUGAAGUGAAUAUUAUGUAUAUAUAAAAUUUUUAAUUGUGUAAAAAUUCUUAUAAAGGACUUUUUUAUAUAUAUAAAAAAAAAAUCUGUUUUAUUAACUGCUCUAUUUGAUUUUAGAA